AUGGGGAAGUCAAGGAAGCCGGCAUCGCAGUCUCAGGCACGCCGUCAACCGAGCGCCCUCCAUGCCCUUCCUCCUCCUCCUCCUCCUCCUCCGUUGCCUUCCAUCCUCCUACGCUGCAAUCAAGAAAAGAAAUGGAAGGCGGUGCUGGGCACGGCGCGCAAGGUUGAGGCUCCUGCUGCGAUGGCCACGACGGUGCCGCAGGAGGCUGUGGCGGGGACGAGCAUGCCGAAGGUGGAGAAGACGAUCAGGAUGACGACGAGGUCGAAGGCAGCGGCUCCCGUCGCUUCGACGAGCCACGCCGAGGACGAAAGGUGGCGGCGGUCCAGAGGACAAGCCGAGGAGGAGGAGGAGGAGGAGGAGGAGCGGGCGGCAAAGAGGAGGAAGACGCUGAGGUUUCGGCUCUCUCUCUCUCGGGAGGAGAUAAUGGCGGAUUUCGAAGCGAUCACGGGAAAGAAGCUGCCGUCCCGUCCCAAGCGGCAUCAUCCCAAGGCGGUCCAGGAAAACCUCAGCGUGAUGUUUCCCGGUUCGAAUAUGCCCCAAUCCAUCAACGCCAAUCGCUACAAGCCGAAGAAAUCUUCCUGAUGAUUUGCUUCGGAGUUUGCACGUCCUUC